AGUGCUGCCAAUCAGUGCCACCUAUCAGUGCCAGUCAGUGCCGCCUAUCAGUGCCAUCAGUGCCGCCUAUGAGUGCCAGUCAGUGCCGCCUAUCAGUGCCAUAUAUGAGUGCUGCCUUUCAGUGCCCAUCAGUGAUACCUGUCAAUGCCCAUCAGUGCCACCUACUAGUGCCUCCUCAUCAGUGCCCAUCAGUGCCACCUAUUAGUGUCCAUCAGUGCCGUCUAUCAGUGCUCAUCACUGCAGCCUCAUUAGCGCACAUCAAUGAAGGAGAAAAAUCACGUAUUUACAACAUUUUAUAA